GCACUAUCUAAGUCGCACAGUCAGUAACUCUUCGUCUUCCAGACUUAGUGGAUGUUAGUGUGUGGAAUGGCGGCGGCAUCUCGACCACUAGAUUUGCUUCACUUACUCGUCUUCGGAUUUUUUCUCUCUUGUGACGCCUCGACAUCAGAGCAGCCGAAGCCAACAUGUUCCAUCCGGAGUGAACGAGGAUUGGUCAGAACUGGCAAUGUCUGCUCUAUCAAAUAUUACUCUUUCAAAGGUUGUGAUAGACUGGGUUCUGGUGACCUGGAUGUGGAGUACAGCAGGGGGGGAGGUGAGGACGUGAAGGUGGUGGAGCGGCCCCUCAACACAGCCAACUCCUUCCUCGACCUCAGUCUUACCGUCCGCCACCACAAGACAGUGUUGGUGGAGGUGAGCGGCAUCAAAUUUCGGGGAGGGAGACAGUGUGUGACCGUGGAGUAUCCUGAGCGCCCUGGGUUGUCCAUGGCAACACUCAAGGUCCACGGCCUCCCUGUACCUCACGGUGUCUACAACAUCACCCUGGUCACACACUCACAAUCGUCUUUCAUUCGCUCAGUCAAACUUGGCAAUAACCUGGGACCCUCACCAGGAAACUACAGGUGGGAUGCAGUCAAGAGCCGACCAAAACGUGUUGGUGACAAAUCUUCGCAUGACCUAAUAGAAGAGCAAUUAGCAAUGGGUACACAUCCCACCCCCAACAAGGAGGAGAAACACUGCAAAGGCUGUUACACCUUUAACCAUGUCUACAACAACCAGACGGCAGUGCUGCAGGUUUACUACACAGUCAAAGACACCUGUCACAAGGAGUGCCAACAUGGGUCCAUGCGACUAUUCAAACAUCAAAACAUCAACAACAGAGCAGAUUGCGAGGCCAUUGAGAAAAUAGAUUUUAAUGACUUGAAAAAGGCGAGGAAUUCCAGAAACGUUUCUUCGAAUCCUGUAGACUAUGAAAAUGUGGACACUGGCUGUUACAUGAUUAGGCUGGUACCCUUCCUGCAAGUCUCUACAGAAGAUGGUGAUAAACUAUUCUGGGUGAAGCCGGCCAUCAACAUCACAAAAAUGGACGAGUGGAACAUUACCUUCUCCCUUACUCCCACCCCUAAAAAUUACAGCCUGAAUGUGCGAUGGCGUGAAGAUCCAAAAUACAACUUUUCAAGCUACAAAAUCCGGCUAUGGUAUAAUGCGUCCCAGUCUAUUAGCUGUCAAGGUUCUGGCAAAGGAGUUAAUGUUAAACUCAUUCCAAGCAAUGAUUAUGAAUAUGUCUCUAGGGAGAAGUCAGGACUGGAACACACCUUCUAUAACCUCAGCAGUGGAUGGUAUUGUGCAAGACUUUUCCCCUUGGAUGAUCGCUGCCGCCUGGGGGAGUGUCAGUCACGGUCCAGUCCUGCCAAAGAGCUCACAGCAGAUCCUACAAAGAAAGGAGAGGAGCCUCCCACUAGUAACAGUACCACUCUUGUGGUGGGGGUGGCAGUAGGAGUGAUGUUAGCGGGCAUUAUCGUCGCAUGUUGUGUGCUGCGCUGUUAUCCAAGAUUUGGCUCCAUUAAAAUGACAUAUUCUAAAGUCACUCAGCAGGAAAUACUCGUUGAAAACCAGCCGGUGCUUCUGGUCUGGACACAGUAUGGUCCUUAUGGCAAAGAAUAUCAACCUGUAAUUACUGCCUUCAAAAAAGUACUCCAGUUUUAUAGUCACUGCAAGGUGUAUGACUACCUGGACCUCCUAUCUCUGCCAGAAGAACACCAGCACCAGCUCCUAGUCUCCCCCACUGCUUGGGUUGACAACCUCUUGGGUGAUACCAGUGUAAAAAUAAUCAUUGUUGGAACUGAAGGAGCCAAGCUACGACAAGAUGAAGGAAAACGCCUGGAUGUAAGCCACGACUGGACUGAAGACGGUAACUCCCAGGACAGUGUACUCUUCCCCUUCCUGCUGCGUCGCCUGCAAGACAAACCUUACCUUUCUGGUGACUAUUCCAGAAUUUUCCAUGUAAGGUUUUCUGAUGUGAGUGACCACACCACAGAACUUGAGGGCAUUGUUUCAUGGACAAGAUAUCGUCUUCCAGAGCACUUGAAGGACCUUACAGUCUCCCUCCAUGGGAGGAGACCAGAAGGGUGUAAUAUAAAAGAGCCAACAACAGAAAUGCUACAAGAUCUCACCGCUGCACUUGCUACCCAUCCUCUGUAUAAGAGUCAAAAUGGACAUAUUGUCUCUCUAAACUUACAAGACUAUAGCCAGAAACAAAGUGAUAUUAUUGACUCCAGCCAAUCUCAUAACAACAUUCCAGAUUCAUCCUCAUCACCUCUUGACACAGUUAAUCAAAAAAGAGGACAGUUCUCUUCAAGUAUAGACUAAACCUCUUUUACUGUCAUUCCUAAUGGAUCUAUGUUACAUAGUACAGUCCUGUAUUAGUAUAAUAUUGAACUGAAAUGUUUUUUAUUUAAAAGAUAUCAUGCUAAAUGAAAGGCUUCUCUAAACCUUUCAUUAAUGGCACUACGUCCUUGAAUCCAUUUACUUCCAAAACUACCGGUAGUUUUAUGCAGUAUUUUGGAAAUUUGCCCAUUUUAGUUUUAAGGUUUUUAUGUUAUUUUAAAUACCUGAUUUACUGUACCAUACUAUACUGUAUUGUAUUGUACUGUACUAUAGUGUAGUGGUAGAUCAUAGGUGCCUUGAACAAGUAGUUUUGUUCAGGGGAAGAUAUCACUUCUCUGGCAACUUUAUCAAAUACUUACUCCUUCCACAAGUUUACCCCAGGGCAACCUUCACUCUAUCAACUACCAUAGGCCUGGAGGGGCAUUAUCAUGUCUCUCAGUACUUUGUGUCCACUUGAUUACUGUGCUGUACUUUCAAAUUCUUUCCGAGUGCCCAUCAGAGAGAGUGAGACUGGGUGUGUGUGGGAGAGAGAGAAAGCACCAUAAAUGUGCCCUUCAAAGGUGGGACCAAUAGGGAGCAUUUGAGUUGCAUAAUUUGUUACUACUUGUAUACUCAAGGUUCAUCAGUAGUUCAUGUGAUUAUAUAAUUAUUAUAAAUUCUGGUGGACAGCCAGAUGUACUGACCCAUAACACCCCUAUUAUUUGUUGUCAUUUGGAAAUACCUGUACUUCUGUCUCAUCAUUUCAGAAAGUUUGUUAUGAUACCAUUGUUGAUAAUUACUACUAGUUUUGUCUUGUCACAUAAGCACAGUAAUUAUAAAUGCCUUUUAUUAUGUUACUAUUUAAAUAUAAGCUGCAUGAGUCACUUGUCAUUACAGUACUGUACUCUACCUAUAUUUCCUUGGCCAUCAUUGUGUAGUGCAGGGUUUACUGUCCUCAUUACAGUAUUGUAUAUACAGUAGUUCUAUUUAUUUGACAAAUAAGAAUUGACAAAAGAUCUAUAUCAAUUACCCUUCAUUACCAAACCCUGAAGUUCAUAAGAGUUUAUAGGCUAGUCAUCAGGUAAUCACAGUUUAACCCUCACAAGCUUGGAAAAUAGUCCUAAAACAAUGAUGGUGACAAGGUCCCAAUAUGAAGAAUAUUAUAG